AGAGAGAGAUCAUUGGCAUAUCUCCGAGAGUGGGAGGAAGUAGUAGGUUCAGUCCGCGCCGAACCGUCGCGAAGCGCGGAUUCAGACACUCAAACUGAUCUGAGUUUUGCCUUUGUCUAUUAUUGAUUUUGCAAUUAUCGCACGAUUGAUCAUCCUUUACACUGGAAAUAACACAACGAAUGUUACUGACAAGACAGACAGCUCGAGAGGAUUUCGUCUGAAAGCUUAAAGUCCAACCACAACGAGACGUCAUGAAGGAGGUCCAGGAGCAGCAGCAGCCGGAGUCAAUGGAAUCCAACGAGUCGGUUUCCGGUUCGAACGAAUAUGCCUAUCGACCGCUCACGACAAAACACAGAAGGGCCGGAAGUACUGGAACAACUGGCGACGAGGAAUACACUACGGACGAGGAUGAACUCUAUACGGAUGAAGCUGAUUGCUCUAUCGGCGCCACGUUACAUCCGCCUCAUCCUAUUCUUAAAUCAGACCUCGCGAGAGCAGCUACGGACCUCUUCGGAUACGCCGCUAAACGCGAGGACGAAGACGAGGAACCUACUAGUCUGUUCGAUGAGGAUGAUAACAAGUUCCUAGGUGAUAGCUCAACCAUACCUACUCCACUAUUCACGUACAACGAAAAGCUACAAGGUGUUCUAUCGAGACAUCGAAAUCCCUCAGAAGAGAAGAAGGCGGUAAAAUCCUGCGAGCUAAAUUCUCACGACUCGAAAGCCUUGGAAUCUACAACUCAAUAUACAAAACCCUUGGAUUUUCGAUUGAAUGCAACUGAAUCUGCGGGAGAAACAAGCGAUGAGAAAAUUGAUAUGAACUCAACAAAGAAUGACAAUUCCCACGAAACAUCGAGAAAAUUUCCUCUUUCUAAAGAUGGAACGUUGGAAGUACCAUCGAAACAAGAAUUACUGUGCGUUCCUAAAAAAACUAACAGCCCACCAUCGCCUACCACGCUGCAAUGGGGAAGAGCAGUGGCCGAAGUAAAAGAACACGCAGUGGCGAAGCUGCAGGAAGAACUUAAAAGAGCUCAUGAGGAAUUGAAAUUGAAAGACGAGGAAGUGGCUAGACUCUCGCGAAUCAGGCAAGACGUAGAAGCCGAGCUCGAAGAACUCACUGCCAGUCUUUUCCAAGAAGCGCAUAAUAUGGUUCGAGAAGCUAAUGUACGCCAAGCAACGGCGGAACGUCUUCUGGAGGAAAGUCGCAUGAAAUCUGAAGUCCUUGCAGCCGAAGUGGCAGCUUUAAAAACUUUGGUGCUCACAUCCACACCGUCAAGGCCCAAUCCUCAUUUGCAUCCUCAAAUCGACACAAAAGGUCGUCUUAAUAAUGGAGAGGAAGGUCAGCAGGGCCUUUUUAUGAAGAAACAUCGAAGAUCGCCGUCGCAUUUUAAUUUAAAAUACGGACGCGAGAAUUCGCCGCCUGAUUCACCGGUAAAGGAGCAAAGGUUGCCAUUAUCUACCGACAAGGAAAUUCUUGAGAAAGAUUGGAAACGAGAACGUGAAAAGGACAAAGAAAGAGAAUGUAAAGAUUUCGGUUUGGAAGUUGAUCCGAGAGUGCAUACAGAGUUUCUUCGAUGGAAGGCGAAUCCUUGCGUUGACAAGAGCGAUUCUUUUGUCGCGAGAGUAUUUAAGGAGGAUAUCGAUUUAUGUCUAGAUUUCCCUAAUAAAGAAUUGGGAGCUAAAGUCAGGCAAGCCGUUCUAGACGGUAUUAUUUUUAUCGAGGCGGUCAGCGACAAAACAAAACUCGCUUUUCCCAAAAAAUGCGCGUUGUUAGAGUCACCACGACAAUGCCAUUAUCGUAUGCGACUUGGUGAUCAAGAGAAUCAAUGGCACUGCAUUUCGCAGAUUUGUCGCAAUCGAAUUAUAGCGGUCUGUGAUUUUCUUAAUUAUCUGAGAUACGUGGAGCGCGGCCUCGUCAAAAGCUCAGUUCAUGAUGUUUAUUGGGAAAUCACGCGGCUAAGAAAAGAAAUGGUUUUUGCACGAUUGGGCCUGGCAUUGUCAUCCUGAGGUACGCGCAGACGAGAUGUUAUUUAGUCUCGAAUUAAUUAGCCAGGGAUUUUUGGGAGAAUCAAUCGUGCAGAUUGUGUAAUUUUUUGACAUAAUUUAGCGACGAUAUCGUCGAUCAUCGGCCUUUUGCCUAGCAAAGGUGAUAAUAAUAUCACUUCAGAGAUAUUUAGAGAGAGAGAGAGACAGUCUCUCUAAUUCUGUCAAAUAAUUCCGACGAUAAUGUUUCCAAGAAAUUUAUAUGUUGUUGAAGAGGCUACAUCAUAUUUAUGAAAAACAUGUAAUUUAUUCUCAUGGAACUUUCUUCUCUUUUUAAUAUCUCAUAACGCGAUCAAUGGAUUAACUCUGCAUUAACUUAUUUCUGCGUCUUUACACACGUACAAUUACUCAGGAUUAGAUUUGACACUAAGUUCCAGUAAAAGAAGCGUCAUUUUUGCCGCACAUGAAUUUCUUUGAAAUAUUAAUGCCCUCUAUGGUAGAUCUUAGGUUUAGUUGUUUGCAAACGAGUUAAGAGGCGACAAUGAAGCUGAUUACAAGGCUGUGAAUGAUCUUGACAUGCGGUUGAUAUCCGAUGAUACUCCUAUUAUGAAAAGUGUAAAUAAUAGAAGAGAUUUUUGAGAUAUUGUAUCAUGUUUUUUCUCAAGUUUAACUAGUUUAACAUCGUCGAACUUAUCGUUAGACUCGUGUAAAUUACAACGUUCAACAAUUAAAUUUUAACAUGUGAAUUACAACAGUUCAAUAACAAUUUUGAAUCUAUUGACAUUUAUGAGAUAGUUGAUAGUUAACAAUCACAUUAUAGAAAAUGAAAUAUUAUGAAAUUACAUUAUAUCAUGGAUUGGUAUUAACAAGGAAGAGAA